AUGUAUGGCACCGAAGAGAAUCUGAAUGUUUUGGCGAGUUGUGAGAUCUGGCUGGGCGAUGGGACAUUCCAAAGUGUUCUAUCUUUGUUUACUCAGUUAUAUACAUUGCAUGGUCUUGUGGAGGGCAAAGUUUUACCACUGACCUACGUUUUAACAUCGAACAAGUGCAAGAAAACUUAUGUUCAAAUUCUGCGGAAAUUAAAAGAAUUGAAUCCUGGUUUGGAACCAAGGCUAAUGUUAGUAGAUUUUGAAGUUGACAUGAUCACCGCAUUCGAGGCGGAAUUUCCUUCGGCUAGUCAAAAAUACAAUAAUGAUGGUGAUUUUGCACUUCACACUCGAAUGCUGGCUGCAUUAGCCUUUGUUGAUAGUGCGGAGGUUGUUGAGGCGUAUGAGUUUUUGCUUGAAACGCCCUACUAUCAGGCGAAUAUGAACGUUUAUGAGCCUUUGCUUGAUUACAUGGAGGACAAUUGGAUUGGUGUUAAAACGCGUCGCCAAGAACGAAGAGCACCUUCUUAUUGCAUUGAGAUGUGGAAUCAGUUCGAAAAUGUUGUUAAUGAUCAACCACGUACAACAAAUGCAGUCGAAGGCUGGCAUCAUGGCUUCAAUGAAAGCGCACAAACCGCCCACUUAUGCUUGUGGAAAUUCAUUGAUUUGAUUAAAACUGAGCAGGCCCUCACAGAAGCUUGGAUGGAGCAAUUGAAUGCUGCUAAUUAG